AUGUGGAGUAAUACUUCUAGAAGGACAGGUGAAGGUCCUAUGGACUUUGAAUGGCAAGAGAAAGGUGGCCCUAUGGAUCCAAAAUCACCAUUUCUACAAUUUAAAGCUAUGCAACUUGAUAACAAUUCUGCCAAACCAACCAAUUCUUUUCUAGCACAGAGCUCCACACCAGCUCCAGCUUUUCGAAAUCCAGCAUUCACAACACCUCGCAAGCCAUAUAAUUCAGAUAUCUACUCCGAAGCUUCGGGAAUUGAAUCUUCCCCCGGCGAGACUGCCGACGCAGAAGAUACACCUGAGAUACCCAAAACCUCCAGCAAAACCAUGACGGCUUUUUCGUCAAAUGCUUCUGCACGCAAACCGCUAUUUGGCAAAUAUGGCACAAAUUACAAAGGAACCAGUCCUGGCGCUCGUAAUGAUUUGCGCAGAAUGAAAUUGGGAGGGCAACCUAUAGCUAAAAAGCGAAAGCGUCAGCAUCGGGAUGAACGAGAAGAUGAAACAAUGGGGAUAGUGCGACAUCACAGGAAGGAUUCGGCUUCGGAAUCAGAGAGCGAAUCAGGAGAUUCAAGACCAAAUAGUCGAUCGACCGAAGCAAGGCAAGCGGGCAACACACCAGGCUGGUUCUCCUCCUUCCUAUCCGGUAUCGAGUCGCGACCCAAUCUUCCUAACAUUCUCUCUUACUACGCUCAAUUAACGCUCAACACUUUUGUCGUCGGACUAAUAAUGUUUGGGGUUUAUACAUUCUGGACUACAAUCCGAAGCGACGUUGACCAAGCAUCUCAAAAAGCCACCGCAGAAGUUCUAUCCGAGAUGGCCAACUGCGCAAAACAAUACACAGAAAACAAAUGUGAACCAAGCAUGAGAUUACCUGCUUUAGAAACUGUUUGUAACAACUGGGAUGCCUGUAUGUCUAUGGACCCCAAUGCUGUCGGACGAGCUAGAAUCAGUGCGAAAACAUUCGCAGAGAUUCUGGAUAGUUUUAUCCAACCUAUCAGCUAUAAAGCCAUGAUCUUCGUCGCCCUCAUCUUUACCCUCUCCAUCGCCGUAAACAAUAUGGCCUUUGGAAUGUUCCGUUCCAAACCCCCCAUCUUUCACCCCGAACCUCAACCUCACCCUCAGCAACAUCUCCCCCAACACCCCAACUAUUUCGGGCAACCAAAUCCAUGGGGAAUCCCCCAAACCCCUCAAUCACAUUUCGGUCCUUACGAACCCUGGCCCACCGGAGCCGGAACUGCUCAAAGAGCUCUCUUCCAGAGAAGCACUUUUGGAAAUCGGGAGCGAGAGAUGGAAUUUAAAACCAUCGAGAGGAGUCCGAGUAAGAAUCGCGGGAGGAGUAAGGGGAGAAGUCCGAGUAAGGGAGAUAGGAGAUAUUUGGAAUAG